ACGACUUUCAUUCAUUAGUUCGCAAGGCAGUCACUCAUUCAUUUCGUUGCUGGACUUAGCUGUAGGACGACAUUAUUCCUGCUCUAGUUUCGAGUUAUUAAUUUUCGUCUGGGGUGAUAAUUGGUUUCGGUGAAAUUUUUCGGGUAGUCUGAAUUUGUAUAGGCCGUUCCGCUUCCCCCGUCGAAAAAACUUGGUUCGUUCCCUUCACAUUUUCGUAAUUGUGUGAUGAGUAAGCGAAUAACAGGUUUCGUGUGAACUCUGCCAGCCGCGAUUCCACCAUGAACAACAAUACAGCCAACUUCCCGCUGCUGUGCAUUGCCGAUCCGCAACACGCCUUGGCCGCCAGCCUGGCCGAGCGCAAUCUGAAGCACUUUCAGUUGGCUCUGAACCUGGGUGCCGAUCCGAACCGGCGGGAUAGCAGUUCCUCGAAUCAAUCCGUGUUUGAGCAUGCUUGCCAGAGCGCCGGAUGUUCCAGCUUCAUCGUAGAGUGCCUCAAGCAUCACGCCGACGUGCAACAGCCAAACGCCGACGGCCGCUACCCGAUUCACCACGCGGCCGCAUCGCUCGACGUCGAAAACAUCCGGGCCCUGCUCGACCACUCUGAAUCCAGCUUGGACGUCCAGUACCAGCAACGGACGGCGCUGCACCUGCUGUUUGAGUCGAUCAACGACGGGAAUUGGCGCGCGGUGUUCGGCUGCGUCCAGCUGCUCAUCGAUCGGGGCGCCAACGUGAACGUUCCCAAUGAGGACAACCGGUCGGCGUUGGGCGUCUUUGUGAGGGAUUCCAGGCGGAAGGUGGGGACGGAGUUGUGGCGCGAGGAGGUCGUUCGGUACUGCUUGAAGGCGGGCUGGGUUGACGUGGACUCGUUUCGGCGGGGGGAGUUGCGGAAGCAGAUUGGGGAGUUGUUUCCGGGGGUUUCGAUUCCGGUUUAUGUGAUGGAGGCGAAUUUGAACGCUUUGUUGGCGGCGGUCAAGAGUAGGAACGAGGGAAAGUUUGACUUGGUGUUGGCGCAGUACAGGGAUAAGGUGGAUGAGGUGACUAGGAGGGGGGAUUUUGGGGUGUUGUUGGAGGAGACGGUUUUGACGGGGCGGGUGUCGUUCGUGGAGAAGGUGUUGAGUGAGGACUUUGUGUUUGAGGGGGACUCUGGGGUUACAAGGUUGCUGGAGACUUGCUGUAACCGAGGGUUUCCGGAUCUGCUCAAGUUUCUGCUGUCCAAGUGUGGCCAGAAGGAGGAUCAAGUUCGGCAGAUCAAUGCGUCUCCGCUGUUGUCGCAAACGAUUAGGGAGAUGAACAUUCAGAAGGACAAUCGCAAGUGCCCCUUCUUCAAGUGCUUUAACAUUUUGCUGGAAGAUGGUCGCGUCGAGAUCGACAAGGUCGAUGAGAAAGGCUUCAGCGCGCUGCACUACGCGGUGAAGUACAAGGUUGACGCGGCGGUGGAGUUGCUGCUGCAAUGUUCCGCCUACAUCGGAACGCUGAACAUGUUCAAGGAGUUGCCCAUCUGCGAGAUGAAUCCGGACGCGCUGGAGGGUUAUCUGGACAGCUGCAUUACGACGAACGAGAAGCGCCCCGGGGACGAUGAUUACGAGAUCAGUAUUGACUUUUCCUGCCUGGUUCCUCCGACCUACAAGAAGAACUUCAGCGAGAAGAAGCAACCUCCGCCAAUCGACGAAAUGCUGCCGAUUGUGUACAUGUCCAACUCCAACGAUCUGAAGCACCUCCUCAAACAUCCGGUAAUCUCCAGCUACGUGCUGAUCAAGUGGCUCCGCCUGAGCAUCUACUUUUACGUGAAUCUCCUCGUCUGUACGGUGUUCUUUGCCUCCUUCACGGGGUACGUCGUUGGCUGUUACGGCCAGGACAACGUCACUCGUUGGCUCAAGGAAACUCUCCGAUGCGUCUCCCUUCUCGGCGCAACCUACAUGUUACUCCGCGAACUCGGCCAAAUGAUCCUCCACUCCAAGACGUACUUUCGAUCGCUUGAAAACUGGAUGGAAAUAACCCUCAUCGCACUAUCCUACACCGUCCUGCUCAAAGAAUUCCAGUCCGAAACGCGCCAAAUCAUAUCCGCCAUCGUGAUCCUCCUCUCGGCCGUGGAGUUCACCCUCCUCGUCGGAACACUGCCCGUGCUCUCCAUUUCCACCCACAUGGUGAUGCUGAAGACGGUCUCGAAAAACUUCCUCAAAAGCCUGGUGCUGUACUCGAUCAUCCUGAUCUCGUUUGCGUUCUGCUUCUACACGCUGUUCAACGUGAACAACGCCAAGUCCGCCAAGGACGGCAGUGGUGCCGACGCCGAAGGUGAAUCCGACGACGAAAAGUUCAACGGCUUCAGCGGCAUCCAAAUGGCGCUGCUCAAGACUGCCGUGAUGUUGACGGGAGAAUUUGAGGCAGCGAAUAUUAAGUUCCAGAACAACGGACUCAGCUACAUCAUCUUCCUGCUGUUCCUGUUCUUUGUAGCCAUUGUGAUAUUCAACCUGAUGAACGGUUUGGCCGUGAGCGACACUGCCGCAAUCAAAGCCGAAGCUGAGCUGAUUGGGCUAUCGCAAAAGGUGGACGUCAUAUCAAAGUACGAAAAUGCAAUCAAGGCGAAAUCUACGGGAUUGUUCACCACCCUCAUCUUCUCCAUCUUCCGCUCCAACUUCCUGCACCUGUUUCCCGAGUACCUGCCCUGCUACCAGGUGAUCGUCAAGCCCAACCAGUCGAACGCCAUCUACAUCCCCAAGCCGCUCAAACCAUCGGAAACGGAGUCGGUCAUCGACGUCGAGACGCAAAGCCACAUCGAGCUGAUGGCGCCCGGAAGUCGGGGCCAGGAGCAGUUUAAGCUCACGAUCGGCUGCUGCAUUCUGCCGUCGUUCUCGCGCAUGGACGGGAAGAUCAUGAAGUACGCCAAGGAGAUCAUCCACACCAAGAGCCGGAAGGGCGCGACGCCGGCCGGGAUGGUGCCGCUGGAGCAGCGCAUGAUUCAGCUCGAACGGAGGCUGGAUCUGAUCCUGCAGAAGCUGAACAUUGCUUCCGCUUCCUAGUUGAAAUUAGUUUAGGCUUGAACUCUACAGAGAUUGCUGACUUGUAGAUAACAUAUCUGUUAAGUUUCUCACUUGUAUUAAAAACUGCUUGGCAAAGGCCAUGUCGUGCGUUGUCCAAUACUUCAUUCCGCUUACCAGUUUAUACAAACUAGAUGUCCAUUCAAGUUACUAGCAAAGCAAACAGUAAUUUUUAAACUUGUGAGACAAUGUGUGUUUUUUCUAAUAAAUAUUUAUUAUUGUGGCACUUGAAAA